CUGACGAAGUUCCAACAACGAAAGAAGCCAAAAACAAUCCCAAAAUUGAACGCCUAUUUUUAUCCCCCAUUCUCUCUCUUUCCAUCUUCUUCUCUUCCAUUGAAGCACCUCCAACUCUCGUCUCAAUCAUCACGUCUGCUUGCCCACACAGUCAGAUUGUACCUCAAAUCUCCCACCCACCAUAACAUCCAUUCAGUUAUAACAAAAGGGCUUUUACUGUUGACCUACUGACCCUAAAAGCUUGUUGUGGUGAACCCAAAUUGGGUGUUUGGUGAGGUGAUAUGUCUCUGUUUGGAAAUGUUUCUGCCAUUAACUCAAGUGGAAAGUGUAUAGUAAUGAAUCUUUCAAGCACACAAAUCACUUCAAGAGAUUGUUUCAAGAUUACCUCAGGGCAAAAAGAUGUUUUGUCAUUUGGAUGCUGUGAUGCUAUGGGUAACAGAUUGCAAUUCCCAAGUGCUCGUUCUUUUACACCAAGAUCAAAGAAGAAUGUCUCCCCUCUAAAGGUAGUUUGUGUUGAUUAUCCAAGACCAGAUCUUGAUAACACAUCUAAUUUCUUGGAAGCUGCUUACUUGUCUUCAACCUUCAGAACUUCCCCACGCCCAUCUAAGCCAUUGAAGAUUGUAAUUGCUGGUGCAGGUUUAGCUGGUUUAUCAACUGCUAAGUAUUUAGCUGAUGCAGGUCACAAGCCAAUUUUACUAGAAGCAAGAGAUGUUCUUGGUGGAAAGGUGGCAGCUUGGAAAGAUGAUGAUGGAGAUUGGUAUGAGACAGGUUUACACAUAUUCUUUGGAGCUUACCCAAAUGUACAAAAUUUAUUUGGAGAGCUAGGAAUUAAUGAUAGAUUACAGUGGAAGGAGCAUUCUAUGAUAUUUGCAAUGCCAAAUAAGCCUGGAGAAUUUAGUAGGUUUGACUUCCCAGAUGUUUUACCUGCACCAUUGAAUGGAAUUUUUGCUAUAUUGAGGAACAAUGAAAUGCUGACGUGGCCUGAGAAAGUGAAGUUUGCAAUUGGGCUGUUGCCUGCAAUGUUAGGUGGACAGGCUUAUGUUGAGGCCCAAGAUGGGCUUAGUGUUCAGGACUGGAUGAGAAAGCAAGGUAUACCUGAUCGAGUUACUACUGAAGUGUUUAUUGCAAUGUCAAAAGCAUUAAACUUUAUAAAUCCAGAUGAACUUUCAAUGCAAUGUAUUCUCAUUGCUCUAAACCGUUUUCUUCAGGAAAAGCAUGGUUCCAAGAUGGCAUUUUUAGAUGGGAGCCCACCAGAAAGACUUUGCAAGCCAAUUGUUGACCACAUCGAGUCACUCGGUGGCCAAGUCAGAGUCAACUCACGAAUACAAAAAAUUGAGUUAAACAAAGACGGAACUGUCCGGAACUUUCUAUUGAGUGAUGGGAAUGUUCUAGAAGCUGAUGCUUAUGUUUUCGCUACCCCUGUUGACAUUCUCAAGCUUCUUUUACCCGAAGAAUGGAAACCAAUUCCAUAUUUCAAAAAAUUAGAGAAGUUAGUCGGUGUUCCUGUUAUAAACGUUCAUAUAUGGUUUGACAGAAAGCUGAAAAACACAUAUGAUCACUUACUUUUCAGUAGGUCACCUCUGCUGAGUGUGUAUGCUGACAUGUCAGUGACAUGUAAGGAAUAUUAUGAUCCGAAUAAGUCAAUGUUGGAGUUGGUUUUUGCUCCAGCUGAGGAAUGGAUUUCAAGAAGUGACACUGAUAUUAUUGAUGCAACAAUGAGUGAACUUUCAAGGCUUUUUCCUGAUGAAAUUGCAGCUGAUCAAAGUAAAGCAAAAAUCUUGAAAUAUAAAGUUGUUAAAACACCAAGGUCUGUUUAUAAAACUGUUCCAGAUUGUGAACCAUGUCGACCCCUACAAAGAUCUCCAAUUCAAGGAUUUUAUUUAUCUGGUGAUUAUACUAAACAAAAGUAUUUGGCUUCAAUGGAGGGUGCUGUUUUAUCUGGAAAAUUUUGUGCACAAGCUAUUUUACAAGAUUAUGAGAUGCUUGCUACACGGGGUGAAGUGGUUGCUGAGGCAAGCCUUGUCUAACAUUAAAAAAAAAAAACAUUUAUAGGAAUUCAAGAUUCCAAAGUGAAACUUGUUUACAUGAUUUUUCUUGUAUUUGUAAAAGAAGAAAUGCAUAUUAUGGUUAAGUGCUUAGAUGAGAAAUUUGUCGUGUUAAUUAUAUUUA